CCCAGAGGCAAGCCAAAGAGAGAUCCAUAUGUUUGGGGAAAGAUAGUGAUUGCUUCAAACUGACCGACCAUGAGUAUGUUGAAACCCAGCGGGCUGAAAGCCCCCAGCAAGAUCAGCAAACCGGGAAGCGUGCUGGCGAAAACAGCUGCACCUGUGGCUGCAGCCUCUCCAGAAAAGACCCCGGCCGCUGAGAAGCCCCCCGCCACAGAAGGUCCGGAUGAGUUUGUGGACGACUUCCGAGUCGGGGAGCGUAUUUGGGUCAAUGGGAAUAAACCCGGCUUCAUCCAGUUCUUGGGAGAGACCCAGUUCGCUCCAGGCCAGUGGGCAGGAAUCGUGCUGGACGAAGCCAUUGGGAAGAACGACGGCUCCGUGGCCGGCGUGAGGUACUUCCAGUGUGAGCCCUUGCGUGGCAUCUUCACGAGACCUUCCAAGCUCGCCCGGAAGGCCAUGCCCGAGGAUGAAGCCAAUGGGACCCAGGCCUCUCGGGCCACCUCGCCCACCUCGGUGGCCAGCCUGGUGUCUUCUCCUUCGGCGGCAGCCCACCUGCCUCCCACCGGCAUCCCUCAGAAGACCCCCGUGUCUCAAGCGAGCAACCUCUCCAAGACCCCCAGCGAGUCCAUUUCGAACCUGUCCGAAGCCGGGUCCUUGAAGAAGGGUGAAAGGGAACUCAAAAUGGGAGACCGAGUGCUGGUGGGGGGAACGAAAGCUGGCGUGGUGCGUUUUUUGGGAGAGACGGAUUUCGCCAAGGGGGAGUGGUGCGGCGUUGAAUUGGACGAACCCCUGGGCAAAAAUGAUGGGGCCGUGGCAGGGACAAGGUAUUUCCAGUGCCAGUCCAAAUACGGCCUCUUUGCUCCAGUGCACAAAGUGACCAAGAUCGGCUUCCCCUCCACCACCCCGGCCAAAGCCAAGCCCGCCGUCCGGAAAGUCCUCCCCACGCCCACCAAUCUGAAGCGCAGCCCCAGCGCCUCGUCCCUCAGUUCUCUCAGCUCGGUGGCCUCUUCCGUAAGCAGCAAGCCGAGCCGCGCAGGACUAUUGACAGAGACGUCCUCUCGGUACGCACGGAAGAUCUCGGGCACCACCGCCCUGCAAGAGGCACUGAAGGAGAAGCAGCAGCACAUUGAACAGCUCCUGGCCGAGCGGGAUUUGGAGAGGGCGGAGUUGGCCAAGGCCACCAGCCACGUUGGGGAGAUAGAGCAGCAGCUUGCCUUGGCACGGGAUGGACAGGAUCAGCGAAUACUGGAAACGGAAGCCAAGAUGGACCAGCUGCGAGCCUUGGUGGAAGCUGCUGAUAGAGAAAAAGUGGAAUUGCUGAACCAGUUGGAGGAGGAGAAGAGGAAGGUUGAGGAUCUGCAGUUCCGCGUAGAGGAAGAAUCUAUUACCAAGGGCGACUUAGAGACGCAGACCAAACUGGAACAUGCCCGCCUUAAGGAGCUUGAGCAGAGUCUUCUCUUUGAAAAGACCAAAGCUGACAAACUCCAGAGGGAGUUAGAAGACACUAGGGUCGCCACUGUGUCUGAAAAGUCUCGUAUCAUGGAACUGGAACGAGACCUCGUAUUGCGGGAGAAGGAAGUCGCUGACCUUCGGUCAAGAUUGGAGUCUAGUAAAGUGACCAGCAAUGUGGACACGUCUCUCUCGCUGCUCCAGGAAAUCAGCGCUCUGCAAGAGAAGAUGGCAUCGAUGAACAAGGGACAUCAGGAGGAGAUGAAGUCAGUGCGGGAAAAACUUGGGGUCAGUGAAGAAUCCUUCCAGAAGGAAAUCAAGGCCUUGUUGUCCUCUAAUGAAAAGAUGGCGAAAGAGAACAAUUCCUUGAAAGCCAAGCUGGACACGGCCCACAAAGAGAAUUUAGAGGUGAUCGAAUUGUGGAAAUCUAAGCUGGAAGCUGUGAUGGCUUCUCAUCAGCAAGCCAUGGAAGAGCUGAAGACCUCUUUCAGCAAAGGAUCUGGGAUCCAGGCAGCGGAGUUUGCAGAGCUCAAGGUGGAGAUUGAGAAGAUGAAAGAGCAACAUCAGAACGAAGCAUCUAACUUGAAGCUGAAGCAAGAAGGCGAGAGGUUGUGUCUCACGAAGGAGAUUGAAGCCCUGAAGACCAAGCUGCUGGAGGUCACGGAGGAGAAGGAGAGAAGUUUAGAAGCGCUGAAGACCCAACUGGAAAGCGCAGAAGAUCAGCACCUGGUGGAAAUGGAGGACACGCUUAACAAGUUGCACGAAUCCGAAAUAAAGGUAAAGGAGUUAGAAGGAAUCCAGGAGAAGUGUGUGGAGCAAACCAAGGCCAUUGAUAGCUUUAAAACAAAGAUCAAAGCUGCUGAAGCAAAGCUCAUGAAACUUGAUGGCCUUCAGGUGGCCCUUUCUGAAGGUAAACUGGAGUUGGAGAAACUCAGUGAGGAACACGAAGCCGCCAAAAGAAAGAUACAGAGUUUAGAGAAUGACAGAAAUAAUGAAAGUAGCCAGGCUGCGAGUCUAGUCAAAGAACUGCAGGCGAGAGAGAAAAAGCUGAUUGAUCUGGAGCAUCACUUAGGCACAGUCAACCAACUUAAAGAUUCUCUGGAGAAGGAGCUGGAGGACUUGAAGGAAAAAUUUACGAAGGGGGCUGAUGAGGCAAAAAGCUUACAAAAAUCUAUGCAAGAAACUCUUGAAAAACUAAACCAAAAAGAGCUGCAGUUUGCAGGGAUGUCAGGCGAACUCGAUCAGCUAAGAUCUCACUUCACGGCCAUGGAGAAGAUGCUGGGAGAAAGAGAACUCAGAGAACGGCAGCUGCUGGAGGCCAAAGCCAAGCUGGAAAACGAGGUGGCCGAAAUCAUGAGGUCUUCGGGCGACAGCUCUUCCCAGCUGACCAAAAUGAACGACGCUCUGCGGCUCAAAGAAAAGCAAGUGGAAGAGCUGCAGGUGCAGCUUAGCAAAGCCAACACAGGCACGGCUCAGCUGCAGGAGGAUUUGGCGCAGGCGGCCCGCCAGGCUGAAAAAAAGCAGGAAGAAAUGUCUGCACGGCAUCAGGAGGAGCAGCAAAAAAUGCAGAGCAAAUUGGGCACCCUGGAGAAGAAAAUAGCAGCUCACCAGGAGCAGCAGAAACACCUGCAAGCCGCCAGUGAGAAAUUGCGAUCGGAAACGGCUGCCCAGCAUGAAGCAGCCCUCAGGGAGGUCCAGCAGGAGCUCCAGAAGAACGAGCAGCUGCUCGCGAAGACCCAGAAGACCAACAGCGAGUUGGAGAAACAGGCCAAGGAACUGAAGAAGGACGCUGAGCAUGCAAAGACUGCAAAAACAGCAGAAGAUGCUUUGCAGAUAGUGGAGCAAGUGACCAAAGAGAAAGACAUCCUUCAUAAAGAGAAGAUGGAAAUAUUGGCCUCCUUCGAAGAUUCCAAGCAGGUCAAUCACAAGUUGAAAAAAGAGUUGGACACUCUUAAAGAAAGCCAGCGAAAGAAUCGAGAGGCGCUGACGAAGUCUCAGGAACGUCUGAACACCGAGAGCCAAAACCUGGAAGAACUUAGAAAAGAACUAGAGGUGCUCAAACUGGCAGAAGAGGAGAAGUCCCACCAGCUUGCCGUCUUCCAGGAAGAGAACCUCAAACUUGCUAAAGAGCUGGGAAAAGGAGACCUCGCCAGUCACCAGAAGCUGGAAGAAGAGAGAUCGGUCCUCAAUAACCAGCUCUUGGAGAUGAAAAAGAGAGAAGCCAAGUUAAUAAAAGAGAAUGAUGAAGAGAGAGCUUCAUUGCAGAAAUCCAUCAGUGUUACUAGUGCCUUGAUUACAGAGAGAGACGAAGAGCUGGAGAAACUCAGAAACGAGGUCUCGGUGCUCCGUGGAGAGAACGCCACGGCAAGGAAUUUGCACUUGGUCGUUCAGUCCCUGGAGUCCGAUAAGGUUAAACUUGAGAUCAAAGUGAAGAAUCUGGAGCAGAAGCUCAAAGAGAGCCAAAAAAUCUCUUCAGAUGUUUCAUCUGGGGGUGACCUCCAAAAGGAAGACGCCCUCGAGAGCCAGAUUGAUUUCCUAAAUUCGGUCAUUGUGGAUCUUCAAGUUAAAAAUGCCGAACUGAUAUCAAAAUUGAACAAGAUGUCCGAGGCAGCUCUCAACGGUGAUGAGGAAGAAGUUAUAAACUAUGACAGCGAGGAAGACAACCAAGUCAAGAGGAAACCUCGCCUCUUCUGCGAUAUUUGCGAUUGUUUCGACCUCCACGAGACCGAAGAUUGUCCUACGCAGGCCCAGGCGCCCGAGGAACCCCUCCACUCCACGUACCACGGCAGUCGGAAAGAGGAACGUCCGUACUGCGACAUUUGUGAAAUGUUUGGUCACUGGACCGCCACCUGCAACGACGACGAGACCUUCUGACGCAGGACAGGGGUGGAGAAGAUGAACGUUGCUUCGGGCGCUAGUUGGACCUUGUCCUCCCCCCACCAACCUUCAAGGGUGGGGUCCGCAGGAGAGAAGAGAGAGGGGACCGGCACUUUUUCCUCCCAGAAUUCCUUGCAGCAGCCACCCAGCUUAGAAAGAUGUAGUGUGUCUCGUCUUCCACAAGAAAGAUAGUUUAUUCUGCCCUUCUUUAGAUGAAA